CUCGUGUUCUUUGAUUGUGUCUCUCCAUGUUCCUUUUUCACAGAAUCCAGUGAAGUAUGUACCUGAAGGUCGAUGGUUCGCAAACAUGUCAUUCCAACCACUCGAACCCGCACCUUCGAAUCCUCCAUCGCAAACUUCCAUCAACGCGGGUCCACUGCAUCCCAGAAGCUUGUCUCGAAGCUUUACCGGUGCCUCCAACCCCAUCGCUGUAUCACAAUCAUCGCACGAACACUUGAACUCGCAUAGUUGUGUUACGUGUCGACGGAGAAAAGUACGCUGCAAUAAACGGUUACCAUGCUCGAAUUGCAUUAAGGCGGGGAUCGAAUGCGUCUUCCCUGCUCCCGGGAGAGCUCCCCGCAAACAGAGACGGCAGCAAGAUCCGGAACUGCUAUCGCGGCUAAGGCGUCUGGAGGGCAUGAUAGAGCAGAUUAAAGAUAAUAAGACGGACAAUACAUCGUUUCCGUCACGGUCUCCCGUCGAAAGUAUUGCGAAUGCAGCACCCAACGAGCAGCCACAACCAAGUGAGAAGGGAAAAGAACAAGCAGUGGGAGGAGAACACCAAGUAUGUCCGUUUAUGGUUGACCAGGAUCCUACAAGGAUGGCACCGCAGAACCUGGAAAAUGAAUUUGGGCGGCUGGUCAUUGAUGAAGGACGGAGUCGUUAUGUGAGCAAUCGGUUUUGGGCAACUAUGGGUGACGAGAUUGAAGAGUUGCAGGACAUUCUUGAUCCUUCGUCAUCGGAAGAUGAAGACUAUCCUUCUCCGGAGUCGUCUACGGGCUCGACCGGUCAUGACGGAUUCUUAUUUGGCUUCUACUCACUAUCUCAUUCCCUGCGGAGCUACCAUCCACCCCCAGAGCAGGUUACUUUCCUUUGGAAUGUCUACCUGGAGAAUGUCGCGCCAGUGAUAUCUCUCCUUCACAAACCUACACUAAGUACCCUCUUCAAUGGCCCGGCGCAAAACCCUGAUAUGUUGGACAAAAACUCCGAGGCUUUGGUAUUGACGAUAUAUUUCGUCGCCGUUGUCAGUUUAUCGCGGGAACAAUGCCAAUCGAAGCUGGGUGAAAGCCGCGAAGCAGUGGUUCGCCGCUAUCGUUUUGCCGUUGAGCAGGCAUUGUCUAAAGCGAAUUUGCUAAAUACUCAAAACUUGAUGCUUCUUCAAGCAGCAGUGAUUUUCCUUAUCGGUGUGCGUCGAGAGGACGAUACGAAGUUUGCUUGGGCCAUGACUUCGGUUGUUCUUCGGCUCGCUCAAGGACUUGGUUUGCACCGGGAUGGUACAAACUUUGGCCUGAAAUCUUUCGAGACAGAGAUACGUCGACGGUUGUGGUGGCACAUCUGCUUGUUGGAUAUCUGUACUUCUGAAGACCACGGAACUGAUGCGCAAAUCCAUGAAAAGCUGUACGAUACUCGACUCCCACUGAAUGUCAAUGACGAUGAUAUAGCACCUGACAUGCAGGAACCCCCUGUCGAGCGGGAGGGCUGUUCGGAAAUGACCUUCUCUUUGGUUCGUUUUGAGAUCACCACCGUCCUUCGUCGGGUAAGCUAUAAUUGUCCGGGUGGCCGAUAUCGCUUGGGACAAGCACAACCGUCCCCUGAUACGUGUGGAAACAUGCUUCAAGCAGUGAACCACCGCAUGGAAGAGCGAUAUCUUAGACAUUGCGAUAUGAAUAUUCCAAUCUAUUGGGUCUGCGCUACUGUUGCUCGCUUAAUCUUGGCAAAGACGUGGCUUAUCAUCCACCAUCCAAUGACCCGGGGUGACCGUGGGGCCAAAUUGUCAAGUGCAUCUCGAGAAAAUCUCUUUUUCACUUCAAUUGAAGUGAUCGAAUUUGCUCGCUUAUUGGAAAACAAUGAGCAUACAUCUAAAUGGGGUUGGCUGUUUACCACUUACAAACAUUGGCAUGCUAUAGCUUUGAUUCUAUCUGAGCUUUGUGUCCGUCCUCUUUGUCCGAUUACCGAUCGCGCGUGGCUGGCCGUGCAUUCUGUGUAUGGAAGGUUAGAGCAGCAUGCUAAGCAAAAGAAGGGUAUGAUGUGGCGGCCAAUAGCAAAGUUGAUGAAACGAGCUGCUGCUGUCCGGGCUAAACAACGGGAAGAAAUGCAAACUGAGCCAACGGCUUACCCAGAGAUAACUGACCUUACAUUCUCAUCAGCACAAACGGGACAAGGAUGUGCUAGCCUUUGCCUUCCACAAUUCAUGCCUCGUAUCGAAGCUCCUUUCAACACACAGGUUUCAAUGCCCACUCCGUCGCAUGUGUCAUUCGAUCAACAGCCAGCCAUAGGUCUUGGUGAUAUUGAUAUCUCUAAGGGGGACAUGGGUGUUAUCACUGAUAUUUUUCCGGACACAGACUUUUUGGCUAUUGACCAUACUAUCCGGUCACCAGUGAUUGGGACAGACAAAUCGGCUAGCGACACACCAGCUGGCGCUCCAAGUGCCGCGAUAGCACCGAUAGAAGGACAGCAAGUCUCGUCGAAUUCGCAACUCAAUUGGGAAGAAUGGGAUCAAGUCAUGCGCGAUUUCCAGAUGGAUUUGCAAAGAACCCAGGAUAGCCAGCCGUUUGGGAAUGUAUCUGGUUGGCUCACCUGAGUGCCUAUAUUUUCUGAGUCGAAUACAAAUCUACGACCAAGCCGAAUCUCCCAUCUCAUAAUCUAUAAUACCUCGAUCUCCUCUCAACGACGCAUGAUGACCCGGAAUUAUGUGAAUACUUUGCUUUUUGUAUAUAUCGGAUGCUGAUGAGAACUUUCCAUGUUCAUAUCAUGCCACAGUUUGUGGUUAUGUGGGUGGCACAUCACUAUCAUAUACCCUCACAUUCUAUCACCUAUCAUUUGCUCUCCCAUCGCCGGUGAAAUACCAUCUCGCUUUCUCCUCUCUAGAUAAAGCUUCAGCAAACCUAUAUAUAAAAAAAUUAAACAAAAUAAG